GAGUAAAUUGUAAUUUGUAGCCCGCAGAGUUUUCCUCCUCCUGCGGGGCGUGUUGGUGUUUGUAUUACACACAUCUGUCGUACUUUAAAAGCUGCUACAAAUGCACAAGGCAUAAAAACACAAGAACUUUUUAAGACGUUGGACACAAGCUGUCAGUGUUACCCUUUGACCCCGGAAGUAGGUGGGCAGAAUUAUAGUGUUAAAGUGAAAAUGGCUUCUUUGACAAGCUGGCUUGAAUUUUGGAGAUUUGUUUCGUUUGUAAUAUGUAUUACUUUAUUUGAAGGAGAAUGCAGAUUUCAUCAUUUAUCACUGAAGGAUGAUGUCCGGUCAAAAUUUCUUCUAAAUGAAUUUGGAUUCUAUGCAAAUGGAUAUAUGCAAGUCAAUGUAUCGAGCAUAUCCUUAAAUGGCGUGAACAUGAAUGACACUCCUGGCCCUGUUUUGGGUUUCAGUGUGAAAAAAAGUGAUACUUAUGGAUUCUUUCGAUAUCUGGAAAAAAAUGAAGAUUACUGUGCCCUGAACAAAGAGCCCAAACCUGAUGAACAGGUUGGUCUUCUAAUACUGGACUUCAAGAGUAACAAAGUUAAGGUGACUCCAUCUAAAAUUCCAAAAUUUUCUGAAAUCAGUUUUGGUACUCGCAGCAGUGGGCAAAAAAUAAGUACCAACUUGCCAGAAGCAGAAACUAAGAAACCUGAAAAAAAAAGCAAAGCAGAUGAAGAUGUAGAAGAGAAGGACGAAGAGUCUAUGAAGACCAAACGCAGUUCUGAUAAGGCUGAGGUUCAGAAGCCUCCAUCGUCAUCAACUUUCUUUCCUAUGCAUAAUAACAUUGGGACAUAUUCAUUCCAGUUUUACAUCAACGUCAACACUUUUGAGGAGGAAGGUGUAUAUAGCAUCAGUUUCCACAACUGCUAUGGCAGGGACUUAAAGAAAAGUCAGAAGGUGUCCUUCAACUUGGAUAUUCACAUUGAAGAGAAAAACCCUGAAAGUUACCUUUCAGCAGGAGAGAUCCCUCUUCCCAAGCUUUAUAUUUCAAUGUCUUUGUUUUUCCUCAUCGCUGGUGCUGUUUGGGUUCAUGUACUUCGGAAACGCAGAUUAAAAGGUGCUCUUCUGUUUAUAACCAUUGCACUUAUUGGCACUGGCUGGGCAUUUGUGAAACACAUCCUGUCUGACAAAGACAAAAAGAUCUUCAUGAUCGUCAUCCCUCUUCAGGUCUUGGCAAAUGUUGCAUAUAUUAUAAUUGAAUCAACAGAAGAGGGAACAACAGAGUAUGUCCUGUGGAUGGAAGUCUUAUUCUUGGUGGAUUUGUUAUGCUGUGGUGCCAUCCUGUUUCCUGUAGUUUGGUAA